AGACAGUCUGUACAGCAAGUCAUGGAAGGAGAGUACUAGUCUGUUCAACUUAAUAUCAUUUUUUAUGUUGCCAUAUUUCCCGUUAGGAAACAAGUGGCAGAAGAGGACGUAGUGACGAUUUUGUUUGGAAAGAUGUUAUUGACGAUAAAUAAGACUUUCACUGAGAGAGUGUAAUGUUGUGAACUGUACAUGAAGUUAGCUAGCUGGCUAGCCGAAUAAUGCUAGCUAGAUACUAAGGCAUUACAGAAGAAACCAGUAAUGACUGACAACAAUUUCUAUGGAUACAUAUCUAUUAAUGUGGGAUUUUAGAGAGCUGCCAAAAACCGGUUUGUCUUUGAAAGGGUUCAAUCAUCCUUCUGACUGUCAUGGACAACGUGAAAUCACGCAGCAAUGAUGAGGAUGAAGAGCUGCACUCCACAGAUCCAGAGAGCAAAGAGAAGAGCAAGGAUAAAAAGAUACUAUGCAAAGUGAAAUGGUCCAGAGAUGAGGAUGAAAAACUGAAAAGGCUUGUUGAGCAGCAUGGAACUGACUCUUGGAAAUUAAUAGCUAACUUUUUUCCAGGGAGGACAGAUGGCCAGUGUCAGCAUCGCUGGCAGAAGGUGCUCAACCCAGACCUCGUGAAAGGACCCUGGACAAAAGAGGAGGAUCAAAAGGUUAUUGACCUAGUUCACAAAUAUGGCCCCAAGCGUUGGUCGGUGAUUGCAAAGCACCUCCAGGGAAGGAUUGGGAAACAGUGCCGUGAACGUUGGCACAAUCACCUCAACCCAGAGGUGAAAAAGUCUUCAUGGACUCAGGAAGAGGAUCGAAUCAUUUAUGAGGCCCACAAACGGCUUGGCAACCGCUGGGCGGAGAUCUCCAAGCUUCUUCCAGGACGGACAGACAACUCCAUCAAAAACCACUGGAACUCCACCAUGAGGAGGAAGGUGGAACAUGAGGGUUACCUGCAAGAUGGUCCCAAAAUUUUCUCUUCCUCUCAUUCUGCAGCGAAGAGACGCCACCACAGGCCAUGCCCCCCAAAUCCGACAGAGACCCAGCACUCUGAUCACAGUCCUAUACCUGUACAGGGACCCACCCAGAUGGUGGGAUAUCCUUAUGAUCUUCACAAUGGACACUUGAUGGACAAUCUUCCUGAUAGUUCAGGCUUCACACCACCAUCCUGCCUGGAUGAUCCUGACAGAGAACAGAGAAUUAAGGAGCUUGAGCUGCUGCUUAUGUCAGCAGAAAAUGAAGUCCCGCGACAAGUGCAGUGCAGAGGUCCAUGUAGUUUGGAGCAGUACUCAGCCUGGUCAGACAGCGUGUCUGAUGGCACAUUGACCACAAGCAUCAGCAGCCUAGAGGAGGAGACCGAGAGAAGACCCUGGCGGGGCCCCGAGAUCCCCCAGGGCCCUCCAGCACAGCUUUCAGUCUCCCCGAGCAAGUUCCUGGCAGUGGAAGCCAGCACUGUGCUGUCCACCCUGCAGACCAUACCAGAGUUUGCAGAGACCAUGGAGCUGAUUGACUCAGACCCUGUUGCAUGGAGUGAUGUGGCCAGUUUUGACCUGUCUGACACAGCCACACCGCCCAGGCACAACCAGGCAGGAUACACUGCCCUCCUGCAAGAGAAAAUGAUUGACAAUUCACUGACUUAUGCAGUCAACACUUCGAGUUCCGUCUCAGGCCAGGACGAGAACUGUGCUCCAUUUGGUCUGGGCAGUGCCACCACUGUGACUUCCAUCAACUCAUCAAAACCUUCCCAGGCAGCUACUGGUAGGAGAGAGAGAAGACAGAGGGGAGAACCAUCUCCUUUGUGUGACAGCACUUGCUUCUCCUUUGUGGAAAAUAUCCCAAAUACUCCCAAAAACACACCUACAAAGUCACUGCCAUUUACCCCAUCACAAUUCUGCAAUUUAUCAGGGGCAGAGAAUCUGAAUCUGGAUAAUCCUGCCCUCACCUCAACCCCAGUGUGUGGUCAAAGGUGUCUCCUCAACACUCCGCUCCACAAAGAAACCACUCCUAAGCACCAGAAAGAGAAUGAUGGUUCCUGGACCCCUACAUUUCUUAAAACUGUAGUGAUUCCAAGCCCGAGGACACCGACUCCCUUCAAAAACGCUUUGGCUGCUCAGGAGAAAAUGCAUGGGCCUUUGAAGAUGGAGCCACAGCCUUUGGCGUUUCUAGAAGAAGACAUUCGAGAAGUACUGAAGCAGGAGACUGGAGCAGACAUCUUCAACAGAGCAGAUAUCCAGCCAGACUACAGGGCAUGGAAACAAAAUAAUGAUGGCCCAGCUAGAAAAGUGCGCAAGUCCCUUGUGCUGGACCCCUGGGAUAAAGACUCCCUUAACAUCCAACUCUUCCAAGAGCAACUCAGCAACGCACAAAUGCCAGAUGAGAAUCUACUGACAAGCUCAUCACUGAUUACCCCAAUCCCUGAGCAAGAGGAGUGUAGCCACUCUUUGACUUCUGGGAGAGCGGAAUCCUCAGCAGCACAUCCCCAUCGAUUUACUAGCCCUCGGGUGAAGAAGCUCCCUGCCACGCACAAAGCACCAAAACAUGUCACCGUACAGGUGAGUGACUGGGAAGCAGUGGUUUAUGGGAAGACACAGGACCAGCUAAUCAUGACAGAACAGGCUCGUCAGUACCUGAACCCCUACCCGUCGUCUGGCUCUGCCUCAAGGGCUCUUGUGCUUUAAAGCCGUCCUCUCACUGUGCAGGCAACACUACUACACCUGUAUGACAACUGACACCUCCACUGAAUCUUUUAAGAGACAAUCCAGUGAAGACAAAUGAUUUUUUUUUCUUUAUGAAGCAGAAAUCCACUGCCAGGGGCCUCCACAAGGAGGAUGGUAUUGUUUUCAGCACAUUUCUAGGUCACUGCCCUGUUCUUCAAUGAUGAUGUUUGCUUUAUUUUCUUUUAAACACACAACCGGGCUACAUGAGCAGUUUUGUACAGAUAUGAUAAGACCGAAUACUAGUAAUGUUGAAACAACCUACACUGACAGUAGGCUGUAGACAUAGAGAGUUUAUAACUAGCAGCAGCUGCUUCUGAGUUUUAUAUUGUUAAUAUAUUGUUUAAAUGACAAGACAGACAUUUUAUGAUGCAACACUACUCGGUGUGUAUCUCUUCCAGCUUGUUUUGCUAAAUGGCAUCAUUGUUAGAAGAUAAAAACCACGCACAUGCAAAAUUUGUAGCUCUUUAUUGACACUCAUGUAUUUCUUAAAUCACACCAUGGGUUUUUUAGAAGACGCAUACAGUACAGAUUACAAUGUUAAAAAUGGCUUUUACAUUAGAGGAACAAAAAUACAAUUGUGUGUUUGUAACAGCAGUGUCUCAUUGCUGAAUUCUUAUCCACAGUGAUGUGUAGUUUGUGAGGAUAGAAAUGGGGAGCUGUCAGUAUUGCACUAUUAAGCGGAUUUGCUGCUGGGAAACAAGCAGUGUUUUUAAGGGCAAACUGGAUAGCACUUGUGAUGGUCUCGUUUUUAGCAACACAGCAUUUCCUUUUUAAGGCCACAGUGUCUGUGGAGACAUUGGUUGAAUGUAUUUCAUUGCAAUUUACAUGUUUAAGAACCUCAAGAAUGGAAGGGUACUUUGAUUUUCAGUUUGUUUUAUUUAUUAUCUGACAGCUCUAAAGCUUAGGUAUUAAUAUAAAUCUGACACCAUGAGUUCUUUAUUUUUACUUUAACUUUGCUGGCAAAACAGCCUAAAACACUCACUUGCUCUAAAGCAGUUCUGUCUGUAAUAGAAUAUAAAUUAUCACCAUUGCUCUGGUCAGAUGUUUCAGUGUGUUGUGGUUGGUGCUGACCAGUUCCCAUAUCAUUAGUGUUACAACAACACGCACCUGGUCAAAUAUGAUUUACUUUUCAUGUGAAGGCUGUAGAUUUUAUUUAUUUAAUGUCUACUAAUUUAUUUAUUUCUAAAAAAAAAAUAAGAGAAAUUAUUGAAUUCUACUGUCCUCUUUCAAAAUCAGGAUUGGGCUACCGUUCACUUUCAUGACUUCAAGAUAGAAGAACAUGCACUGCCACUAACUUAGUGUUAAUUUCUUUUCCUGAUUGGGCAACAUAUAGCAAAUAACCAUUGUGUAGUUGUAUAUGUGAUCCUGUAACAGAUGGGGCAUUUUUCCUUUGAUCCAAAUGUGUUGCUAUUAGGUAGCAAAACUCCACCUCUGACCUCUAAUCAUAGACAAAUUGCACUUUUUACUCAUUUAAUUUAAAAUGUUUUUGUUUGUUCAGAUGAUGUAGCUCUUGUCUUUGUGUGUUGGUGUAUGUUUAUGGAUGUCUCCCCUUUUAUAAUGAAGGCUGACAUUAAGAUUGCACUGCUUCAUUUUAAUACAUUGUUUUCUCCUGUUCAGCUGCAGAAACUUUAAUACGCUACAUAGAAGCCUUGCAUAAAACCCUUUUAGACAGGUGAGACCGGCUAUCUGGGGGCAACUGUGGUUCAGUGGGUAGCUCAGUCAUCUCCCAACUGGAGGGUUGCCAGUUCA